UAAAUAUUUAUUUCAAUAAAACAAAAAUAUAAAUAAAUGGAAUUCCUAAAUUUAAGAGGUUAGACAGAAGAACAAAUUAAACUAAAAUUAAGCAAAAAGAAGAAAAGAAUAAAGAUGAGUGAAUAAGUAAAUAAUAUGUGUAACUUAACAUAACAGAUAAAAAUUCUGGUUAUUUGAUACAAUAAACACAGAAUAAGCUAGCUGCAUAUAUAAAGUAAGAAAUGAUGAGAAAAAACCACUGAAACUGAUUAAAUAAAAUAGAUGAUCGAUUACACAAUUCUAUGCAAAUAAGUUGGAAAACCUGGACCAAACAGAAACAAUACAAUGCAAUACAUUUUAUCAAAACUGAUCUCAGUAGAGGAAGAAAGCACAAACUUGCACUACAGUAAUGAAGCUGUUUAAGAAUUAGUUUCGUAACAAAAAAAUACCAGGUUCAGAUGAUUUCAUAGGAGACGCCCAGAAAAAAAAAUUGUAGAGAAAAAAGAAAACCAUCCUUUUUUCCCCUACAAAGCAAGUAUUACACUGAGAGCUGAACCUGCUAAAGAUUAUGCAGAAAAGGAAAACUAAAGACUGCCUUAGAAGUAUUGAAAUAAAAACUAAAAUAUCUGCAAACAGAAUUCACCCAUACUAAUUUUUCUGCUUUGUCUAUUCUUUUUCAGCUGACAGCUUUGUUCAGUAGUUAGUUCAUGUGAUCCCAGGCAUUCUUCUGUGUUAUGUAGGCUAUGACAUUCUAAAUAUGGGAGAAUCAAAGAUAUUGAAAGCUUUUGCUACCAUGUAGAGAACCUUUUCUCUGUAUCAUUAUUCUGUUACCUUGGGUCUUUGCCCUUUGGGGAGUGCUUCUUCUUCUUUUUGGAACUCUUCUGCUCUGGGACUGGGUGUGGUGAGUUUAAAGCCACCCUGUUUGUGAGGACCCACUGCUGCCACUGUGCCUCUGCAGGAGCCAGGCUGAAUCCCAGGGAAAGUGGUGCAUCUGUCCCUGUUGCACUGUUGCCAUUUAGCUGCCUCAUCUUAUGCUGGGGCGAAGUAGCAUUCUUCUUGCAUUCCGCAUUUGAUUGCCCGCUUUUCCUGUUUAUUUUCAACGUUGUUGUUAGGUUUAUGUUCUAGCCUGUUCUCUGAAUUAUCCCAUAGGCAGCAGGGAUCCACGGGUUUUAGAGUUUAAACUUACAUAUAGCAGUUCUGGGGAUUAGUUCUCUUGCAGGCUUGAAGACUGGAAGACCUUCUAAUAGAUGCUAGACCUAACAAGCUGAACUUAAACCACCCAAUCCAUCAUUAGGAAUGUGCUGGGUCAGGCUGAGGAAGGCAGGAAGCAUCUUCCUGCCCAAAGGCAACCGAAGGCCUCUCACCACUCUUAUUGCUAAUAAGUAUGUGUCUACUGAGGACUCAGGGAACUCAGAGCAUGUAGCAUCAUCUCCUGAUUUUUUAUAUUUCCAUAUAUCUCUAUAUCCUUUGCCAUUAAAAAAAAUACUAUACCUUGUGCCUGUUGGCUUCUUUCUCUUAGCUUUACUCCUGCUCCAUGAUGAUGCCCAGCAGAAGUCAUGACCUUUAAAAUAUGGUCCUUGUGCCCUAAGGCCCCUCUAGCCCCUCACAUAUUUUCAUUCUCUUUUAAGAACCCUACACUCUACCUUCUCUGGUUGAUUCUCUAAAGAAUAUUUUGUCUUUUCACAUUGUUGUGUUGAGGUCUGUAUCAUUCCCUUGGUUUGAAAAGCUUUUAUUCCUUGGUGUUCCUUACUUUCUCUGUUCAAACAGGACUUUAACACAGUGUCCUGAGAAAUAUUUAACCAGUGAAGCCCACAAAUCCCCAGGCAGAAUUGAGGAACUGGACAGUAAAGUGGACUUUGAGAGAUUAAGUAUAUACUAUCAGUGUGUAUAUUUCUACAACAAAGUAAAAUGAAUUAUGAUUCUAGAAUUUGAAUCCCAACUCCGGCUUACUAGCUUUGUGACCUAUGGUAUGCCUCAGUUCACCUAUAAAAUAUAGAUGUAAAAUGGCAGGUACUUUUGAGGAUUGUGAAAAUUGAAUGAGAUCAUCUUUGGAAAGGGCUUAGCAGGGUGCUUGGCACAGAGCAGGCUUUCACAAAUACAACUCAUCUUGGGCCUUUUGUUUCUUUUCAGGUUGUACUCUGCAUUCUUCUAACUCUUAGGUGUCCUCUGAGCACUGAAGAAACAAAGACUCCUAAUCCACUAAGUAUCUACCCCCUCCUAUAACCUGGAAAGCCCCAGGGGCCACAGCACAAAGAAAAAACAGUCUCUGGAGGAGUUACAGCAUUUGGCAGUUGUCAGAGGCCAAGGGAAGCUGGGGUGUCCAGGGAAAAAGCAGGAUAGAGAAUCUAAAGAGGUUAGAGGGAUCCCAGCGGGAGGUCUUUGAAAGUGACAAUACUCCUCACAUGACAGUGUUUUUUUCAUCUUUGAUCUCAUGUCACUUGUCACUCUUCCUGCUUCUCCUGAAGGGUCCUGUAUAAAUAUGCCUUCUUUUGAGUUAAAGAAACACCAGAGAAAGUUGAAGAAAACUCCAGGAAUGUGAGUAACUGAUUUGGGGUCUGGGGGUUGAGCUGAGAGUCUCCAGGUCAGGGUCACCCUAGAAAACCCCACUAUAAAGAGCAGGCCAGGUCUGGUGGGUACUGCUAAUACCAAGAUCACCUUUGGCACAUGAAGAGAGGAUGAGGGUGGAGGGGAAAGGGGAGCAGGCAACACUUGACUACCCUGGCACAAAGCUGAGAGAAGAAAGGGUAAGUUUAACCUUGGGAUGAUGGAGAGAGUUUUUAGGGACCAAAGGGAGUUAAGAGAAAAGAAAUCGCGGGGUAGGGCUGAUUGGGAGCAUGUUUAUUUGGUUGUAGAGGGGAGGCACAGGGCUAUCAUAAAUACAAAGGCUCCUUUCAAAAGAGUUGCAUUACUGCUUUGACCUUUAAGACAAUUUUAAUUUGAAUUGUGUAUUUCCCACACUUUAAGUAGGAAGGAAAAGUCCCACAUAUUCUAUUUAGUUACUGAAAUGAAGUGACUUGUCUAAGCUUUUCUUUAGCGAUGACCCUCCAGGUCUUCAUGGGAGUGUUUCUGCAGGGUUGGAAGCCGAGGCAGGGUCUGGGAUGGAAAUUUCUUAGGAGAGCAGAGCUCUCUGAGGAACAGUGCACCUCAACAACCAGGAAGCAACUAUGUCUGUAUCUUGGUGUGGGUAGUGGCUGUGUGGGUAUGUUCAUGUGCUAACUUUAUAAAACUUUAUCCAGCUAUACAUGUGAAAUUUGUGCAUUUUACAGUAUGUAUUACUUCAGUCAAAAAGUUAGCAAAAAAUGAGGGCACAGGAAGUAAUUAAAUGUUUUGGAUAAGUCAAACAGAAUAAAGAAUGAAAAAGAAAUCACUGGAUUGGCAGCAGGUCCUUGACAGAUGUCAUUGCUAAUCUUAUCAAGAACAUUUUUAGUAGCAAGAUUGAAGAAUAAAAUAAGAAUGACCAACUAAACCAAACGUCCACUCGUUGGAAAAUAAAUAAAAUAUGUAGACCCCUAGUAGAGCUAAUCAAGAAGGAAAAGAUAUGAGGACAAUAAGGAAAAUGAGGAAAAUUCCCCCUCAGGGAAAUGAAAGGUAUGACUAGUUAGGUGUUGCCAGGGCUAGAAAGAGGAGGGAUGGGCAGGGCACCAGGGGCAACUGCCCUCAGAAUAAAGGUGGGUUUUGGGGGGCGGGGUGCAUUCCGGCUCUCAGACUCUCCUCUGGCUCUGUAAGCAGCACACACACAGCAGUCUUAAGGAUACCCUGAAUUAUUUUUGCCACUCUCCGUAUCUUUUUACUUCGAAGAGCUUUCCUAUGUCUUCUCAGUAUCUACCACUGAAGGUGUUUCACCCAGUGCCUAUACCAGCAAGGUUCUUCUGACUAUGAAGCAGAACUCACUACUUUCAUUUAAUCUGUUCUAUUAUAAGACAUUUCUAUGUGUAGGGCCUUGUGUUUUUGGAGAUGGUGGUGAAGGUUUGUCUGUUGCAGUAAAGACCACAGUUUGCAAUCAUACCCCAGAAAUUUGGAUUUUUUGAAAACUUGUGAGGACUGCUGCUGGUGGCACACACAGCGUGGGUGUUGUGUGAAUCAGUGCUAGGCUCUCCAGGGGUAAAUGGAAGGGGAGAACACAUGUUCCAUGUUAGGACUGGGAACCAAGAGAAUGUCUAGUGCUUCAUUAACAGAGAAAAUGUCCACUGAAGUUGCUGGGGGCUGGAGCCAGUACUUCAUCAAUCUGAUAUACCCAAUUAUUUAGGGAGGGGCUGGAUCCCUAAUGAGAAAUUAAAAAGGGGUAAGUAGAAACAGUGUUCAAGGGUAAGGAUAUGGAAAUUUCUUAGCCUGGAAGUCCCUUAGUUAAGAGGAGGCUAGCCUUGAGGUUUGACAAAUAAAGCACCCUUUAUUUAAGAUUGCCUGGACACCUGGGAAACAGGUCUUGGGCUAUGUAUCACUACUGUAAAGUCAACAAAAGUCACAUAAUUGAUGUGAUGAUCUAUCAGGCUGAGACCUUGAGAAAUGAAAUAUUAGGGCAAUGAGAGCUUGAGGAAGGAGAUCAACUAUACUUCACAUGGUCUGGUCCAUACCUGGACCUUGAGUCUAAAUAUGGGAGCAAGCUACAUGUCCAUGUCCCUGGGAACUGGAAUGAACUGAUAGUCAGAGGAAAAACUUUUACUUUACCUUUUCAGUUUCAUCAAUUUUAAUUUCAAUUUCUAUCCAUUUCAAUUUAGCAAGUAUGGCAGCAGAGGUGUCAACUUCUCUGGCUUUCCUAUUACAGAUGGGUUUUCAGUAAAUAUAAGGGAGCCAUCCCCUUUUCAUAGAACUAACAAAGUAAAAAAAACAAGCAAACAAAGAAACCCAAAACAAAACAAAAACCCUAAAUUUGAGAACUGACCUACAAUGGAACAGACAGUGAGCCCAUCAAGGUCCGAUUAGAAGAACCUUGCUGUGUAUAGUCACUGGGUAGAACAUCUUCACUGACAGGUCACGGAUGGAAAGUUCUAGGCAAUGUUAGGUCAAACUGCCAUUUUUAAAAUUUGGCCUCCAAGUCACACCCAUGUGAGUAUGAUCUUUAGAGCAAUCUUGACCUACAGGAUUAAGCAGGGAAAAUAGUUUCAUUUUUUAUUAGUGAUAUUUUAUUGAGCAACUAUGUAUCAUGCAUUGUGCUAAGUGCUUAUAAGUAGCCUCUCACUUCAAUCUCAAAACAUCUCUAUGAAUUAAUGACUAUUUCCCCAUUUUACCAAUGAGCAAAUUGAGGCUUGGGGAUUUUAAAGAACUUAACCAGGGCAAAACAGCUAGCAAGUGAAAGAGUAGGGUUUUCAGUCUAGGGAGGAAAUUUUUAGAAUAAAUGCUUUUUAGCCCUUUUGUUAUCCAAUCUCUUGAUGAUGUAGGACCAACACAUUUUGAGUGGAGUACAAAGAAAUAUGCAGGACUUCUGAGAAACUAGGGGUUCCUUGAAGAAGUUCAAAGAACAUCUCCCAAGGCUGAGUGAUACCACCAGAGGAAGGGCCCCUUGUAAGGAGUGUUCAUAACUGGUUGGUAGAAUGUGCACAGGCCCAGACAUAUGAAAUCAGGGAAACCAGCCAAAUGAAGGGGAAAGUAGAUACAGGCAUUAUAACACAGGAAUGAAAUCGUAGUUAACGAUGGCUCCUUAUAUUCAGAUUUACUCAACCAGAUUACUACACACUAAUGAUAUGGUAACACCUGAGUGAGGUAGCUGAACCUGAAUGCAGCAAUAAACAGAAACAGGCUUCUGACUGUGCAGAGGAGUAACUCUCUCUCUCACCAAAACUGGCUGAGGGAGGUCCUUAAUAACUACAUAUAUGUAUAUGUGUGUGUACGUGUGUGUAUGUGUGCCUAUAUUAAGAGUACCCAUAGUUGUUUUCUGGCCUAAUAAUCUUGGGCCGGAUGGCCCUCUAAGUGACAAGUAUUAACAGGAGCUAGAAAGACCUGGACUUGAAUCUCAAAUUUACCACCUACCUGCUAUGUGAUCUUGGACAAAAUAUUUAAUCUUAUUUUAACUGUAUCAACUAUAUUGUAUGGAAUGAUUAUUUUAUAAGUGGAGAAAUACACUGAGAUUAUAAAUGUUUUUCAAUUUAGUACAUACUACGUUCAUUAAACAGUGCUUUCCUUUCUAUAGGAUAAAGCUUCAUUGUUUUUUGGAACGUCUUGAUGGUUCAUAAUGAAGGAGUUAUCCAUAUCAUAAAUGGAUGAAUAAUAAAAGAAAUACUAUGAAGAAUCAAAAAAAUCUGCUGAGGUGGGUUUCAUCUAUAAGGGUACCCUAAGGUUUUACGUGCAGCUAUUUAAUCUAUUAAUUGAACCUAGCUCAACAGAAAAUCCAGGCUGAAAUCUAGAGAAGGCGGGGUUGUAAGGCAGAUAGUUUAUUAUAUCCUAUGAAUAGUGAUAAUGUUGUUCUCUAAUGACCUCAUUUUCCUAAAUGCAUUGAUCUAUUUCUUUAACCAGAAAGAUGCUUCAUUUGUCUUUUGUCUAAACACUAUAGCAAGGACACAUUUAAUUUUAAGACAUUGUUUCAUUCAAUAAUUAUUAAGUAUCAGGAACUGAACAUACAAAGAUAAAAGACAAACUUUUUCUCAUUCUAUGGAGACUGUUUGCUCUAAUGGGUCCACAUAUCUUUUUUAAUGUACUUGUGUACCACAGCUAUGGGUCACACACUUGGCAAAGGCCAUGAACAAGACAUGACUGAAUACAACAGUCACAGGAAGAGUAUUGGAAUUGUUAAUUUAGGUCUCUAAAAGGUCAAUAUGGGAGAUUCCAUGAAAGCUCAAAGAAAAGGUACCUAAUUUAACCUUGUCAUGGGAUGAGGGAGGAGACAGAGGAGACUUUCUAAAGGAGGUAGCUCAUGAGCUAUUUGAAUAAUAAAUAGGAAUUAUCAGGCAAAGCAUCCAGCGGAGGAUGGAAGCUGGAGCAGGACAACCUUGUCAGACACUAGUUUCCUGGUCCUGUGGUCCGCUGGGCUGGUACCGCCACUAGGCUUUCCUGACCCUAUGGCUCGAAACAAGUCUUAUAGGAUUACAUCCUUUUCUCACAGUUUUAUGCAUUAAUAGGAAAGCAGUCUCUGUGAUGCCGUGGAUACCCUACAACCACACAGUGGAAACCCCUGCCACCUUCCUCCUUGUGGGUAUCUCAGGUUUGCAGUCGUCACAUCUUUGGCUGGAUCUGAGUGCCAUGUAUGCCACAUCCCUGUUGGGAAACACCCUCAUAAUGACUGUAAUCUGGAUGGACUCCACUCUACAAGAGCCCAUGUAUUUCUUCCUGUGUGUUCUGGCUGCUGUGGACAUUGUAAUGGCCUCCUCUGUAGUACCCAAGAUGGUGAGCAUUUUCUCCUCAGGAGACAGCUCCAUCAGCUUUAAUGAUUGUUUCACUCAGAUGUAUUUUGUCCACGCAGCCACAGCUGUGGAAACAGGGCUGCUACUGGCCAUGGCGUUUGAUCGCUAUGUGGCCAUCUAUAAGCCCUUAUACUACAAGAGAAUUCUCACACCUCAAGUGAUGCUGGGAAAAAGUGUGACCGUCACCAUCAGAGCUGUCAUAUUCAUGACUCCACUGAGUUGGAUGGUUAGUCACCUACCAUUCUGUGGCUCCAAAGUGGUUCUCCAUUCCUACUGUGAGCACAUAGCUGUGGCUAAGUUAUCAUGUGCUGACCCCAUGCAUAGUAAUCUCUACAGUCUGAGUGGUACAUCCAUUAUUGUAGGCUCUGAUGUGGCCUUCAUUGCUGCCUCGUAUUACCUGAUUCUCCAGGCAGUAUUUCGUCUCUCUUCAAAGAAUGCUCAGUUAAAAGCAUUAAGCACAUGUGGCUCCCACAUUGGGGUUAUGGCUCUAUACUACCUACCUGGGAUGGCAUCCAUCUACAUGGCUUGGCUAGAGAAGGACACAGUGCCUUUGCACACACAAGUGCUAUUAGCUGACUUAGAUGUGGUCAUUCCCUCCACCUUAAACCCCAUCAUUUAUGGCCUGAGGACAAAACAGGUACGAGCACAAACAUGGAGCUUGCUGACUGACAGGUCCUCUUCGACCUGGCUUCAUGAACAGAAACUCUAUCCAGAUCUCAAACAUUCCUGCUAACUUCAGAGACCUGUAGAGCUGGUUUGGUUCACCUAGCACCAUAAGGACUUCUAAGAUUAAGCUAUAAAGGGUAUCCUUGCAUAACUUUCCAAUUUCCAGCAAGAAUGUGAAUAAAAUGAUUGAUUUCCUAACAAUAGUUUUAAUGGUUUCAAUCAACUAAAAUCUACAUCAGAGAUAAGUAUGGGCAGAGAAUAUAGAUUUGAGGUUUUUCUUUCCUCCAGAAAGAAGGAGUUAGCUUCAGACCCAUACUUUCAACUUAGUAUUCUACCAGGCCCCCUGCAGAAUAAACCAACUCUUUGGUCCCCCCAACACCUGGCUGAUUUUCUCAGAAUUGUUCAUCUUCUCAUGUGAUUACAUGGAAGCAACUAUUAAUAUAUGACCCUUCCUUUUGGCCCACUGAUGAAGUUACUCAAGUUGGGUUCUGUGCUCAUACCUGGACCAAAGCCCCUCUCCAGUCAAAAUAGAUUCCAGUUUAUCUGAGGAUAUAUAAACUUAGGAUAACAGAUGGCAGCCAUUUUCCAAAAUAAGAACUUGUAAAGAGAAACCUGUUCCACAGCAAGAGGAGCAGAAUAGCAAAAAGGGAUGAAGAAAUGGAGUCUUUAGUUCUAUUGGCUCAAAUCAUUUGGAUAUGCAGGCAGAUCCCUGUUAUUGAGCUCUAUAAAAUACCUCAAUAUCCUCUUAAU